AUCCCGGAAGACGAGGUGCUGACACACUUCCGGCCUUUGUGACUCAUUGUGUCUGUGUCGAGGCGUCGGGAGGGCCUAGCUCCUUGUGCAGCGCCCUUCGGCCGGUCUGAGCCCCGGAGUCCGCUCCCCUUUCUCUCCCAGCGCCCCAAGGCCGCUCCCGGGGCUCACGGAAUCAUACAGAAACAGAUAUCAGAGAACAUUUUCAAGGACAGAAAGGACAGACUUUAUUUGGAUCAAGUCAGUUCUCUGAGCCUGAAUGAUGACUGCUGAAUCAAGGGAAGCUACUGGUCUGUCCCCCCAGGCUGCCCAAGAGAAGGAUGGUAUCGUAAUAGUGAAAGUAGAAGAGGAAGAUGAGGAAGAACACAUGUGGGGGCAGGAUUCCAGCCUGCAGGAGACUCCUCCUCCUGACCCAGAGAUCUUCCGCCAACGUUUCAGGCACUUCUGUUAUCAGAACACUUUUGGGCCUCGAGAGGCUCUGAGUCGACUGAAGGAACUUUGUCAUCAGUGGCUUCGACCAGAGAUAAACACCAAGGAGCAGAUUCUGGAGCUGCUGGUGCUAGAGCAGUUUCUUUCCAUCCUGCCCAAGGAGCUCCAAGCCUGGCUGCAGGAAUACCGUCCCGAUAGUGGGGAGGAGGCUGUGACCCUUCUGGAAGAUUUGGAGCUUGAUUUAUCAGGACAGCAGGUCCCAGGUCAAGUGCAUGGACCUGAGAUGCUCGCAAGGGGGAUGGUGCCUCUGGAUCCUAUUCAGGAGUCCUCGAGCUUUGACCUUCAUCAUGAGGCCACCCAGUCCCAUUUCAAGCAUUCAUCUCGGAAACCCCGCCUCUUACAAUCACGGGCUCUCCCUGCCACCCACGUUCCUGCCCCUCAUCACGAGGGGAGUCCCAGAGACCAAACAAUGGCUUCUGCACUAUUCACGGCAGAUUCCCAGGCGAUGGUGAAGAUCGAGGACAUGGCUGUGUCCCUCAUCCUGGAGGAGUGGGGAUGUCAGAACCUGGCUCGGAGGAAUCUCAGUAGGGACAACAGGCAGGAGAAUUAUGGGAACGUGUUUUCCCAGGGUUGUGAAAGCAGGAAUGAGAAUGAGGAGUCGACCUCCAAGGCUGAAAUCACAAAAGACUCAGCAUCACGUAGGGAGACAAGAGGAAGAAUCCAGAAAGAUUUUGGAGAAAAACAUGAACAGCAGGGCAGAACAGCAGAAAGGCAGCAGAAGAAUUCUGAGGAGAAAACUGGAAAAGAAAAGAAAGAUUCAGGGCCAGCUACAGCCAAGGAAAAAAAAACAACCACAGGAGAGAGAGGUCCCAGGGAGAAGGGUAAAGGAUUGGGAAGAAGCUUCAGUCUGAGUUCAAACUUUAACACCACUGAAGAAGUUCCAACAGGAACAAAGUCUCACAGGUGUGAUGAAUGUGGUAAAUGCUUCACAAGGAGUUCAAGCCUUAUUCGCCAUAAAAUCAUCCACACUGGAGAAAAGCCCUAUGAAUGUAGUGAAUGUGGGAAAGCCUUCAGUCUGAACUCAAACCUUGUCCUGCAUCAGAGAAUCCACACAGGAGAGAAACCUCAUGAAUGUAAUGAGUGUGGCAAAGCCUUCAGUCAUAGUUCAAAUCUCAUUCUGCAUCAGCGAAUUCACUCUGGAGAGAAACCUUAUGAAUGUAACGAGUGUGGGAAGGCCUUCAGCCAGAGCUCAGACCUUACAAAACAUCAGAGAAUUCACACGGGGGAGAAACCCUAUGAAUGUAGCGAAUGUGGAAAAGCUUUCAACCGAAACUCAUACCUUAUUUUGCAUCGGCGAAUUCACACCCGAGAAAAGCCCUAUAAGUGCACUAAGUGUGGCAAGGCCUUCACCCGGAGCUCGACUCUCACUCUGCAUCACAGAAUCCACACCAGAGAGCGAGCCUCUGAGUACAGUCCAGCUUCUCUUGAUGCGUUUGGAGCAUUCCUGAAAAGCUGUGUUGAGCCUGUUGUCCUGAAGAACCAGAAACUCAAAGUAACCAAUAUUCCUUCUACAAAGAGCCCCAUCUUUGGUGAGGCUGUUUCUGGAGGCCAUAUGAUGACCAAGGUCUUGGGCGUGGCCACAGGUCUGGGCCAUGGGCCUCUACAGGAGCAGGCGGGGCCCGUGGUUGUGAAAGUUGAGGAGGCGGAGAAGGAGAAGUGCUUUCCCAGCCUGGAGAUGUUCCGCCAGCGCUUCAGGCAGUUUGGAUACCAUGACACACCUGGACCCCGGGAGGCCCUGAGCCAGCUCCGGGUGCUCUGCUGUGAGUGGCUGAGGCCCGAGAUCCACACCAAGGAGCAGAUCCUGGAGCUGCUGGUGCUGGAGCAGUUCCUGACCAUCCUGCCCCGGGAGCUGCAGGCCUGGGUACAGGAGCACUGUCCAGAGAGUGCUGAAGAGGCUGUCACUCUCCUGGAAGACCUGGAGCAAGAACUGGAUGAACCAGGACAGCAGGUUUCACCUCCUCCCAAUGAACAGAAACAGGCAUGGGAGAAGAUGUCCUCUUCAGGAGCAGCAAAGGAGUCUCUGAGCAGCGCCCGGCCACAGUCUGUGGAAACAAGUCCCAAAUAUGAGUCUUGGGGACCCCUGUACAUCCAAGAGACUGGUGAAGAGCAGGAUUUCACUCCAGAGCUAAGACAGAAUCAAGAUUGUAAAUCGAACACCCAGAAUGAGGAAUCAACAGAUAUGCAGGAAAGUUCUGAAGAGUCUCAUGCAGAAGAAUUCAAAAAGGAUAUUACUCCCAUGGUUAUUGCCAAUAAAUUUGAGGCCAAGUUAGAAAGGCAAUGGGCAAACCUUGAAAAAGAAAGAGGAAAAAAAACCUCUCUCCUAGACAAAGGUUCCAAGAAAGGUAGAGAAUUAAUGUCCACUAAACCUGCCCCAGGAGAGAGACGUUACAUAUGUGCUGAGUGUGGAAAAGCCUUUAGCAAUAGCUCAAAUCUUACUAAACACCGGAGAACACACACUGGGGAAAAACCCUAUGUGUGCACCAAAUGUGGAAAAGCCUUCAGCCACAGCUCAAACCUUACCCUUCAUUACAGAACACACCUGGUGGACCGGCCCUAUGACUGUAAGUGUGGAAAAGCCUUCGGUCAGAGCUCAGAUCUCCUUAAACAUCAGCGCAUGCACACUGAAGAGGCUCCAUAUCAGUGUAAAGAUUGUGGGAAAGCUUUCAGUGGUAAAGGCAGCCUGAUUCGACACUAUCGAAUACACACUGGAGAGAAACCUUAUCAGUGUAAUGAAUGUGGGAAGAGCUUUAGUCAGCACGCAGGUCUUAGUUCUCAUCAGAGACUCCACACUGGAGAAAAGCCAUAUAAAUGUAAGGAGUGUGGAAAAGCUUUCAACCACAGCUCCAAUUUUAAUAAACAUCAUAGAAUCCAUACUGGGGAAAAGCCCUAUUGGUGUAAUAAUUGUGGGAAAACCUUCUGUAGUAAGUCAAAUCUUUCCAAACAUCAGAGAGUCCACACUGGAGAGGGAGAAGUGCUGUAACUGUCGAGUAGGCUCUCAGUGUUAUUGUGUGUGUGUGUUUGUAACUCUAGAACGUGGAUGCUAGGGAGAAGUCAGAUAAUUGUAAUAUAGACUUAAGUGCUAGGUUUUGUUUCAUUCAACAUCAAGAGACCCUGGAGGAGUGAGAGCAAUGGCACAGUAGGAAGGAAGGUCCUAGGACAGGGGUGGGCAAACUUUUUGACUCAAGGGCCACAGUGGGUUCUUAAACUGGACCGGAGGGCCGGAACAAAAGCAUGGAUGGAGUGUUUGUGAGAACUAAUAUAAAUUCAAAGUAACCAUCAUUACAUAA